CGUCUCUAAAAAAUCUUCUUGAAUCUUCUCUUCUACUCCACUCAGAGGAGAGAACUCUAGGUCGCCGUCAUCCCAACCGUCAAGUUCAUUCUCGUUCUUUCGCUAUCUCUGCGUCUCUUCAAACGCAAUCUUCCCCGGUUGGAGCAAGCUAUGGCAGAAGACCAAGGUUCAUCGUCAAUGGCUAAUAGAGAGAUCUUGAAUUCUGUUCUUAACAGUGACGCAUCCAGUCACAAUCCGUUUGGGUUCCUUACCAGCAAUGGGAUGAUACAAUUUCAAGAAUCUCAUCAGUCAUAUAAGAAGCUAAAGAAUUUGUUUCUUGAGAAGAUGGGGUCAUUGGCGAGUCACACAAGUGUUGUGGCAAUCCACAGAACAACCCAUUCUAAUUGGCCAGGAAAUUUUUGGGAUCAAAGUCAUAAAAUUCUCUUAGGGGCUGUGGCUACUAAAUUUGGUGCCGACAACGCCAAGAAUACUUGGGGUUGGUAUGGUGCUUCAAAGGAUGAUAUCUCUGCGAUUGUCUCUCAUGGGUUUACCAGGCCUGAUGAACCUGUUUAUGGCCGAUCUCAUGGUGUUGGCAUUCAUUUGUCAGCUCCAGACUAUCUUCUUCAUGAAAUAAGUCAUUCAGCUCCUGAUGAAGAGGGCAUUAGGCAUAUUUUCACUUGUAAAGUUAUAAUGGGAAAGACAGAAGUGAUUGGUGAUGGUUCAAAGCAGUUUAAGCCAAGUUCAGUUGAGUUUGACACUGGAGUAGACGAUCCUGUAGCACCCAAAGUAUACAUUGUUUGGAGUGCUUAUAUGAAUUCUCACUUGAAACCAGAUUUGGUCAUAAGUUUCAUGUCUCCCCUAUUGAAAAAUAAUUCAAAAGAACUGUUAAGUUCACUGACACCCACGACAGCGGGGAUCAGCUUUUCUAAUUUGAUUCCAAUACUUGAAAGGCUUUUGGAACCUUCAAGGUUUCAUUUGAUUUCUGAACAAUAUGAUUUAUUUAAGCAAGAGAAGAUUCCGGUUUCUGUGAUGAUACAUGUGACGAGGCGAAUAGCUGGGGAUGAGUUGUUGGAUACUUUGAUUAAAUACAACAAAAACAAGGUAUGAGUAGUCUGGUAAUUUGUUAAAGACCAUGGAUACUUCAUUUUUGUUUUUAUACAUUUUCUGAAGUACAAGAGAUCCAGAUAUUGACUGUUGACAUGUUGUUAUGCAGUAACUCGGGUUAAGGGAGACGCUAUAAUCUAGCUUAUAUCAACACAGAUGAUCUUUUUUCUGACAUGAUUUUGAAAUAGUUACUGGUGCUCAAAGUUGUUGCUUGACUCCUGAAUCCUGACUGAGAGAACUGAAAUGUGAAUAUUACACAAAAUUCAUGUAUGAUCUGUAACUAGUUACUUUUGGAUUUCUUCUGUUUCUCUUCCUUUUUUUCUUUUUUUUGUUUCAGUAGUUUCCAUGUGCCAUUUUUCUUACGACAUUUCAUCUAUA